AUGGGACUCGGACAGUGCUUCCAGAGCCUUAGAUGGGGUUACAGGGCCUUUAACCUAAUCUACGCAAUCGUUCGGCGGAAGCAAAGAGGUUCCUCAGACUCUUCUCAAUGGGACUGGUCAAAGGAGAUUGUCCUCGUCACGGGAGGAAGCAAUGGUAUCGGUGAGCUUGUUGUUGGGAAGCUUGCUGGAAAGGGCAUCAAGGUUGUAUCUGUCGACCUCUAUCCCCCGAAAAUUCCCGUUCCAGACAAUGUUUCCUUCUAUCAGCUUGAUGUCACAUCUCCCGACGAAAUUCGUCGAGUCGCCGAAUCCAUACGCCGUGAUGUUGGGGAGCCCACGGUAUUGAUCAACAAUGCUGGCGUCGCAUCAAUGAAACCGAUCCUGGAAGAGACGGACCUAGAAAUCCGCCGCACUUUUGAUGUCAAUAUUGUUGCCCAUUUUUUCCUUGUUAGGGAGUUCUUGCCAUGGAUGAUCAGCCAGAAUCAUGGACACAUCAUCACCAUUGCGAGCAUGGCCAGUUUUGUGACUGUCGCAUACAACGUCGACUAUUGUUGUUCAAAGGCUGCUGCCUUGGCGUUUCAUGAAGGGCUCGCGCAGGAGCUGAAGCAUAAUUAUCAUGCUAGCAACAUCAAAACCAGUGUUGUUCACCCGAUGUGGAUUCGCACCGCCAUGUUCGACUCAGCAUUGAAGAAAAAGGCAUUCGCAGACACACUCCUGCAACCAAAUGAUGUUGCCGAUGCAAUUACACUACAGGUGCUUAGAGGUAAAAGCGGCCAGGUCUUCUUACCAGGGUAUUACAGCCUUGGGUCUGUAUUUCGUGGUCUCCCAGCUUGGGUGCAGGAACGAUUCAGAGACGCACGAGCGCAUUUAUUCAGUGAAAAUUAAGGGAAUGGGGUGGUUUUCAUAUGGGUCACCCUCUUGUGUCAAGCACAAUGGCGUAAAGUAUUGUUAUUGGCAGAUGGGAAUAAAUGCCUUCACCUCGGCCCGGCUGGACCAAUAUGCGGAGUACCGUAUCGACUCAGUAAAUUGGCCCUGAAUCCUUCCCCCACUUAUUGCCUUCAAGAUUCUUUAUACCUAAUGAUAAUAAAUGAUUUAGAAAAUCUAAGCCUUAUAAAGCUU